AUGAUCUUCCACAAGAAAGAUCUGGAUCUGGUUUUGGUGCCGAGCGGGCUCCUGAUCAUGUUCACGUAUCAUCUGUUCUUUCUUUAUCGAUACCAACAUGCGCCGAAGACAACGCUCAUGGGCGUUGAGAAUGAUGACAAGAGAGCUUGGGUCGAAGGAAUCAAUGGUGACAAACUGACAAAGAGAUCUCUGAAAGUCCAGGGAUUUGACACUCGACAAGAGGACUUUCGCCACGAACGUGAUCUCCUCUUGCGUGACGGCGGCGACCUCCUAGCGUCGGUCUCCCUCACUCUCAGCUCUCUACUCGGGGCAUGGAUCGCGAACUCCACCGUCGACAACCUGUUCCGGCAACUCGGGGGGUUUGGGGACACGGACCCAUCAACCACGGCCAUCAAGUACAUAAGCCUGCUGGCCUGCUUCAUCCUGGCCUUCGCAUUCUUCCUCCAGUCGGCUAGGCACUUCGUCCACGCCAACUAUCUCAUCACCACGCAAGACGACAGCAUCAAGGAGGAUGCGAAGGUGGUCAUCAUAAGGGGUGGCGAGUUCUGGUCACUCGGGCUUAGGGCGAUCUACUUUGCUCUUGCUCUGCUCCUCUGGUUCUUCGGUCCGGUGCCCAUGUUCGUCUCCUCCGCCAUUUUAGUGAAGAUUCUGUAUCACCAUGACUUCCUGUCCAUCCCCUUGGCAAAACCCCAACAACCAUAAACCAGAUCAGGAGGAGUUCAGUAGGUGGUCGAGUUGCAGCUACUGCCAUUGGAAUGGAGCAUCGAAGUGGGGUGAGAAAGGGUUGACCAGCACCGAUCCGUCUUCUUUCAUGUAUUCAUCAGUUAAUUUAUUUGCAUGGAUGGCACGUGCAAGUUCCGCAGCUCGAGGGGAGUGAGAUGUGGUGGAGGUUUUACUCCUUAGCUACGUUGAGAAUCUUUCUUUCUUUUCGAGCAGAUUUGAACAGCUGUUUGCAAUUUGCGUUGCAAGAGAGGCUUUCGGCCCAUCAAAGUACAGAGCAA